UCAUCUAAAUAAACAAGGCAGGUCGCGGUGCAAAUCCGCCGGAUUUCAAGCAAGUGGCGGGGCUUGCAAAGUCAGGCAGCAGGGCAGACACUCUGCAGCUUCCACCGCCCCAGCUGGGUUCAUUUAGAAAAGAAAACGCCAGCGCGAGCCGCGCAGGUACACAGUUCUCCGGGAGCCCGCCGGGUCCCCGCGCUGCCACCGGCGAGGUCGGCUUGCAGAGCUCUGGGACGCCCCGGCCGCAGCCUGCGCGAGCGAGUCUCUCCCCGCGGGUUUUUUUUUUUCUUUCUUUUUUUGGUCGUGGUUGCUUUUUAUUUAUUAAUUUUUUUAUUGCAAUAGAAAUAAAAUUUCCUCUGGGUGCCAUCGAGACCUCAGGCCGGUUGUAAUCUUGCAAUCCUUCGCUCACCUCGCUGCGUUGGGGCCGGGCUCCCCGCUCUGGAGCUGGAGAAGCCUGUGAAUCACGGCCGCCGCUGAGGACUGGCUGCCCUGCAGUCGAGAGCCGAAUAUUUAUGUUAUAUUUUAAAGAAUUUAAAUAAAUAAAUAAAUAUAUAAAGGGGCUCUCCCCUCCCCUCCAACCCAGCACAGGAGCCAUCUGCUCGAAGCUAUUGCUGUUCCCAUCUCUCCUUUGUUACCGCAGACACCAGAGGCUGACCAUGUGGAGGCUGCCAUCCUCGAGGAAGACGAGGGUCUGGAGAUAGAGGAGCCUAGCAGCCUGGGGCUGAUGGUGGGCGGCCCCGACCCUGACCUACUCACCUGUGGCCAGUGUCAGAUGAACUUCCCGCUGGGGGACAUCCUAGUUUUUAUAGAGCACAAGAAGAAACAGUGUGGGGGCCUGGGCCCCUGCUACGACAAAGUCCUGGACAAGGGCAGUCCUCCGCCCUCCUCUCGCUCUGAGCUCAGGAGAGUGUCUGAGCCAGUGGAGAUCGGGAUCCAGGUCACUCCUGAUGAAGAUGACCACCUACUGUCACCCACGAAAGGCAUCUGUCCCAAGCAGGAGAACAUUGCAGGGCCGUGCAGGCCUGCCCAGCUGCCAUCGAUGGCCCCCAUAGCUGCCUCCUCUUCCCACCCUCCCACCUCCGUGAUUACUUCACCUCUGCGUGCCCUGGGCGUUCUCCCACCCUGUUUCCCGCUGCCUUGCUGUGGUGCACGCCCCAUCUCGGGCGACGGGACUCAGGGUGAGGGUCAGAUGGAGGCUCCCUUUGGAUGCCAGUGUGAGUUGUCAGGUAAAGAUGAGCCUUCCAGCUAUAUUUGCACAACAUGCAAGCAGCCCUUCAACAGCGCCUGGUUCCUGCUGCAGCAUGCGCAGAACACGCAUGGCUUCCGCAUCUACCUGGAGCCUGGGCCGGCCAGCACCUCGCUUACGCCCAGGCUCACCAUCCCGCCGCCGCUCGGGCCGGAGGCCGUGGCGCAGUCCCCACUCAUGAAUUUCCUGGGGGACAGCAAUCCUUUCAACCUGCUGCGCAUGACUGGCCCCAUCCUGCGGGACCACCCUGGCUUCGGCGAGGGCCGUCUGCCCGGUACGCCACCGCUCUUCAGCCCACCGCCACGCCAUCACUUGGACCCACACCGCCUCAGUGCAGAGGAGAUGGGGCUCGUGGCCCAGCACCCCAGUGCCUUCGACCGAGUCAUGCGCCUGAACCCCAUGGCCAUAGACUCUCCCGCCAUGGACUUCUCCCGGCGGCUGCGAGAACUGGCCGGCAACAGCUCCACGCCGCCGCCCGUGUCCCCAGGCCGUGGCAACCCUAUGCACCGGCUGCUGAACCCUUUCCAGCCCAGCCCCAAGUCCCCAUUCCUCAGCACGCCACCGCUGCCACCCAUGCCCGCGGGCACGCCACCACCGCAGCCGCCUGCCAAGAGCAAGUCCUGUGAGUUCUGCGGCAAGACCUUCAAAUUCCAGAGCAAUCUCAUCGUGCACAGGCGCAGCCACACGGGCGAGAAGCCCUACAAGUGCCAGCUGUGCGACCACGCGUGCUCGCAGGCGAGCAAGCUCAAGCGUCACAUGAAGACGCACAUGCACAAGGCCGGCUCGCUGGCUGGCCGCUCAGACGACGGGCUCUCAGCCGCCAGCUCCCCCGAGCCCGGCACCAGUGAGCUGCCAGGCGACCUCAAAGCAGCCGAUGGAGACUUCCGCCACCAUGAGAGCGACCCAUCUCUGGGCCCGGAGCCUGAGGAUGACGAGGAUGAGGAGGAGGAAGAAGAGGAGCUGCUGCUGGAGAACGAGAGCCGGCCUGAGUCGAGCUUCAGUAUGGACUCGGAGCUGGGUCGUGGCCGUGAGAAUGGGGGUGGCGUGCCACCGGGGGUGGCGGGCGCAGGGGCUGCAGCUGCGGCUCUGGCGGAUGAGAAGGCGCUGGCACUGGGCAAGGUGAUGGAGGACGCAGGGCUGGGCGCACUGCCGCAGUACGGGGAGAAACGAGGCACCUUCCUGAAGCGUGCAGGCGACACGGGUGACACAGGAGCUGGUGGCUGCGGGGACGCGGGUGCACCAGGAGCAGUGAACGGGCGUGGCGGGGCCUUUGCGCCAGGCGCAGAGCCCUUUCCAGCGCUCUUCCCACGCAAGCCGGCACCGCUGCCCAGCCCAGGGCUCGGUGGUCCUGCGCUACACGCGGCCAAGCGCAUCAAGGUGGAGAAAGACCUGGAGCUGCCACCCGCCGCCCUCAUCCCAUCGGAGAACGUGUACUCGCAGUGGCUCGUGGGCUACGCAGCAUCGCGCCACUUCAUGAAGGACCCAUUCCUGGGCUUCACGGAUGCGCGCCAGUCGCCUUUCGCCACGUCGUCGGAACAUUCCUCCGAGAACGGCAGCCUCCGCUUCUCCACGCCACCCGGGGACCUGCUGGACGGCGGGCUGUCGGGGCGCAGUGGCACCGCGAGUGGGGGCAGCACACCUCACCUGGGUGGCCCCGGCCCUGGGCGGCCGAGCUCCAAGGAGGGUCGCCGCAGCGACACGUGCGAGUACUGCGGCAAGGUCUUCAAGAACUGUAGCAAUCUGACGGUGCACCGGAGGAGCCACACCGGCGAGCGGCCUUACAAGUGCGAGCUGUGCAACUACGCGUGCGCGCAGAGCAGCAAGCUCACGCGCCACAUGAAGACGCACGGGCAGAUCGGCAAGGAGGUGUACCGCUGCGACAUCUGCCAGAUGCCCUUCAGCGUCUACAGCACCCUGGAGAAACACAUGAAAAAGUGGCACGGUGAACACUUGCUGACUAAUGAUGUCAAAAUCGAGCAGGCUGAGAGGAGCUAAGCGCAUACGUGGGGGACAUUGCGCGCGUGCGUCUGUACAGCGUGACCAUCGCCAACCUUUGCCAACGGGACCCCGUGACUGGACUGGCCUCUGUAUCCCCGGGGCCCAGGGAGGCGUCAGUCCAACCUAACCUGUGUCUGCGAAGUCCUAUGGAAACCUGAGGGUUGAUUAAGGCAGUAAAAAUUUAAAAAAAAAUUGUGGAGCCUUUUAACUGUGCAAUAAUUUCUGUAUUUAUUGGGUUUUGUAAUUUUUUUGGCAUGUACACGCAGGUACCUAUUGUUAUUAUUAUUAUUUCUGUUUAAAUUCCUUUAAAAGAUUUCGUUGAGUAUCCAACCCUUCAUUUUUUAAUAACCCUGUAGUAGUCUGAGCAAUGACUCGCAAGUGAUGUAGAGGGAAACUAUCUUUUAAAUUAUAAUUUUGUGUGUGUGUGUGGGGGGGUGCUGCUUUUUUGAAAUUUAAGCUAAGCAUGUGUAAUUUCUUGUCAAGAAGCCAACACUUAAAUGACUUUUAAAGUUGUUUGCGUCUUCAUCACUUACUUUGUCCUCAAAUGAAAAGUGGCAUGUGGAAGUUUUUUUUCUGGGGGGCGGGGGUGGCUUUCAAAACCAUUUUUUUUUCCGGGAGGUGGAUGUACAGCGGAUUACAAUCUUUAAAAUUGUAGCACUUUGUUUUAGCAUCACAUUGGAGAGGUAGCACUAAUGUCCUCCUGAGCCACAGAGGCUUCUCUGUGCAGAAUUCAACUUUCAUGCUAUGGAAGGAAAACGUUGAGGCAGACGUGGCAAAACGAGCCUCUCCCCCACUCGGGACCCUGAGACUCUUUUCCAGGGUGAGUCUAGGCACAGCCGUGCAUCCUGCAAUUGUGCAUUACCAGGAGAUAUGAUACUGUCCUUUUCUGGGGGAGCUUGGCAUAUUCUGGAAAGCCACCUCUGCCCUUUGCUGUAGAUUUGGCUGCAUAAAACGGGCUGAGGGUACCCAUUGGGUAGACAGCAGUGGCUUGUAGUGGCAGGAAGAAAGAGACUAACGAUGUUCUCUCAGGCUUCUCCUGGCACGAUGGCUUCUCUUUUCAGCCCCCAGCCUAUGGAUAAAUCCCAGGUGUCCAUUGCUAGAGUGGUAAUUGACCGAAUCCCAAGCAGACAACUGGCCCUGAUGGUGAACUGGAGAAGUUAGCUGCGGGGUCGCUCAUCUCACGCUGAUAGGCACUGUAGGGCAGGCAGGGGCAUCUCGCCCGUUCUCUCUUCCUGGAAGAGCUGGGAAGAGUUCUGCCCAAGGUGCCCCACGCUGCUUCCAUUUCUGUGUUUUGUCUUUUCCUUCCUCCAAUUAGUUGGGACAUACUAUAUACAUUGGACUUGUUGGGAUUUGAUGUUUGAAUUCUGUUGACCCGCACUUUAAAGCUUUUGUUUGCAUUUAAAUUAAAUGGCUUCUAAACAAGAAAUUGCAGCAUAUUCUUGUCUUUGGCCCAGAGGUGGGUUAAACUGUAAGGGACAGCUGAGAUUGAGUGUCAGUGUUGCUAAGCGUGGCAUUCACAAUACUGGCACUAUAAAGAACAAAAUUAAAUAAUUUAUUGGACAGUUUCUCUACUGCCAUUCAAUUUGAUGUGCGUGCCUUGAAAACUGAUCUUCCUAUUUGAGUCUCUUGAGACAAAUGCAAAACUUUUUUUUUUUUUUUGAGAUGAAAAAAGACUUUUUAAAAAGCAAACAAGAGAAGUACAUUCUUUAGAAACAAAGCCACAUUUACUUUAAAUUAAAAAAAAAAAAUUUCCUGGUUGAAGAGAGAGGACGGGAAAAUGCCAUAAGACCAGUCAAACGAAGAAAUAAACCCAGCACAGCCCUGGACAUCCAUUAGCAGAAUUGUUUUCAGACCCCCCUCCCCCUUUUUUUGGGGCAACGCUGCUUAGAUAUGGAGUGGAGGUGACUUACUGCUGAAUUAAAACUUACGUGACACAAGCCGAUAUCGUUGAAUGAAAAAAACAAAAACAACAACAACAACAACAACAAAAAAAAAAACAAUUCAGGAACAAUGGCUGAUUUUUUUUUUCUCCUAAAUUUAAAUUUAGUGCACUCUGUCUUAAAAAUACGUUUACAGUAUUGGAUACAUACAAGGGUAAAAUAAAUCGUGUGUAUGUGUGUUGGAGCGAUCUUUUUAUUUUAUUUUAUUUUCAAAGUUUGCUUAAUAGGUUAUACAGAAUGCCACAAUGGCUAGGUGUAUAUUGUUUUCUUUUGGUGACGGGGUUUUAGUAUACAUUAUAUAUAUUGAAAUUUCUUGAUUACUGUUAAAGUGGACCAGUAUUUGUAAUAAUUGAGACUGCCUGGGCAUUUUACAAAAUGAGAAGAAAAAAAAAGUCCUUUUUCUUUUCCUUGAAACCGUUACAGUAAGUUUUAAAUGGUGGGUCUAUAAAAUCUGUUCUGUCACAGUAACCUGUAAAGUCGGAGUUUUAGUAAAUUUUUUUCUGCCUUGGGUGUUGAAUUUUUAUUUUGAAAACAAAAUGUAUAGAAACUUGUAUUUGGGGUUUAAAGGGGGAUUGCUACAAUGUGUAGAAAAAGUAUGUAGAGAAAGUGCUUAAUAUUGUUACUGCUUUGCAGCAGAAGAAAGAAUCCCACUUCUGCCCGUGCUUAUUUUUCUCUCCCUCCUCCCUCGGGAAUGGAUAUAUUGGUCGGUUCAUAUGAUGUAGGCUCUCGCUGUAUUUUUACUGGAGCUUGUAAUUUUUUAACUGUAAGCUUGUCCUUUUAAAGGGAUUUAAUGUACCUUUUUGUUAGUGAAUUUGGAAAUAAAAAGAGAAAAAAACACAAAAACAAACAGGCUGCCAUAAUAUAUUUUUUUAAUUUGGCAGGAUAAAAUAUUACAAAAAAAAACAAAACAAACAGACAGACAAAAAUCCCACCCACAUUUGUAUGUUAAGUCCUGUUGUAUGGUGGGGAAGGGGUUGCUUGACAACCUUCAAGAGAACAAGAUACAGAGGGAGAUAUGCUUUGGUUCACAAGUCAUUUUAGUUGUCUAUAGUCGGUCAGAACUGGCCUACUCAAAAGAACUGUUGGCUUUGGGCUUUCCAUUCGAAUGUCCGAACUUCGCAUCAGGGUCGCUUUGGUGAGGCCACAGCCAACUUGAUGGCGAGUCCUUACUUGUGUUGAGUGGAGAAAAGAGAGACCUUUCUCCAAGAGGUCAUCUAUAAGAUGGCAAUGCGGUGAGAGUGCGAGGUUAUCUUCUCCGCUGUGGCUACUGAGGCUGCCCCCUCCACCCCCUGACCAUCCUCAGGAGCAGAGAGAGAAUCGACAGCUGCUUUUGCCCUUGAGCAAACCUGGAUGGAGCAGCGAAGCUUCUGGAAGGAGCAGCUGGGCCCAGGGGAGCCUCUGCCACUGAGACUGGUGCAAGUGGGACGGAGGAGGGCCUUGCACGCAGGUCCUCGGAGAGUGUCUGCUCGAUUUCCCUCUCUGUUUCUCUGCUUUUCUCUGCAAUUCCAUCCGUUUCAGAACAGUGAGGCCUGGGAUGAAGGGAUUCUGUGCCUUUCCACCUUUCCACCUGUUCCCUCUGCCCGCCCCGUCUCUGCCUACUCUCUAUGGACUCAUCUUUAAUUUUCUUCCUCCUCUUAGCGCCCUCUCCCCAGACCCUCUUUUCUCUUCCUUUCUUCUCUCCCUCUCCUUGUUUCCUUCCUUCUUUCCUUCCUUUUUUUUUUUGUAAAGCCAAGUAGCUUUAAGAUAAUAAAGUGGUUGUUUAUUGGAUGAGGGAGUAGUAAUACACUUUACAAAUACCUAUAUCAGGAAGCCAUUUUUUUUUUUUUAAAUUUCAGAAAAUGUAAGAAACCAUCAUUUCAGGUUAUGAAAGCAUGAUCGUGCAUCUUUCCAGGCAGAUCCUUACUAAAUGCAGUCUGUCUCACUGUUUCCCAUUUGACACUUGCCUUUGCACAGUUAAAGGAUGGGGGCCUAGUGGGAGGCCAGGCCUAAGUUUCAGUGUCCUGCAUGCCUGCCCUAAGGCCCGGGUUACCCUGCCCUUUUGCCACCCCGCCUCUCUGCUGCCUGGGAGCCUCUGUGUGGUUCUUCUGUGCUCAUAAAAGCUAGCCAGUGCUCACCAGCUCACCUAUCACCAGAAUGCCAGGACUAAGCCAUCCUAAAGCACAAGGAUUGUGUGUCUCUGUCAACUGCAGAGAGAAGAGAAUUUUGCUUCUCUUAUCAAAGAGAAAAAUCAACCAACCAACCUACUGGAAGCAGGUGACCCAGCCAAAGGGCUCUAGCGUAGGUGACCCAGCCGACGACCUCAGGUCGGGUUCCACACUGCCACAACUUUACCCAAAGUUGCCCCCAAUUGGAACCUGCCACUUGCCCAUGGAGGGUCAUUAUGGGAAGGGGGAGGGGGGAGAGGAGACUGGAUUACUCUAAGCAAAAUGUGAACCCUGAAGUGGACAGCCUUCCUUCCACCUGGCCCUUCCAUCCGAGGUCUGAGUCCGUGAUUUUGGUGCUCCAUGUCUGCCCUGCAUAGCAAAGGCGCAUUGAUUUCAGCUGUUCGCUUUUGUACUGGCAAGGCAAAAUAUUUUUAUUACCUUUUCUAUUACUUAUCAUAUGAGCUUUUGUUGUUUGCCUCGAGGGUUUGUCUCUUACAACAGGUUUGGAGCUAUUUAUUAUUGCUUGGUAUUUGUGCUCUGCUUUUAAGAAUGGGCACUUGUUUUUUGUUUUUUUUUUUUUUAAUUAUGGAUAAAAUGUUGAGAUGACAGAAGGUCAUUUCAAUAUGGCUUAGUAAAAAUAUUUAUUGUUCUUUUUCUUCUCUGUACAAGAUUUUGGGCCUCUUUUUACCCCCUUAAUGUCACAAUGUUGAGUUCAGCAUGUGUCUGCCAUUUCAUUUGUUCAAAACCAAGUUUGUUCUGGUUUCAAGUUAUGAAAAUAAAUUGGGACAUUUAACUUGA